CCACUCGCAGGCCCCGACGGUCGCGCCGCGGGCUCUCCCGGUGCCCGAGGACAGACGCAUGGCGCCCCGGGAGCCGCGCUGAGCCCCGGGUCGCGGCGCCGCGGGCGGCACCAUGGCCCUGGAGCGGAUUCUUCAGGCGGCGCGCCAGGGCGACCUGGACGUGCUGAGGUCCCUGCACGCCGCCCGCCUGCUGGGGCCCUCGCUGCGCGACCCGCUGGACGCGUUGCCAGUGCACCACGCGGCCCGCGCCGGCAAGCUGCAUUGUCUGCGCUUCCUGGUGGAGGAGGCCGGUCUGCCCGCAGCGGCCAGCGCGCGCAACGGCGCCACGCCGGCCCACGACGCCGCCGCCACCGGCCACCUCAGCUGCCUGAUGUGGCUGCUCUCUCAGGGCGGCUGCAGAGUGCAGGACAGAGACAACUCUGGUGCCACAGUCCUGCACCUGGCUGCCCGCUUCGGCCACCCCGAGGUGGUGAACUGGCUGCUGCGUCACGGCGGUGGGGACCCCACCGUGGCCACAGACACAGGCGCCCUGCCUCUUCACUACGCCGCCGCCAAAGGAGACUUCCCCUCCCUGAGGCUCCUCGUCGGCCACCACCCUGAGGGAGUGAAUGCCCAAACCAAGAACGGUGCCACGCCCCUGUACCUGGCGUGCCAAGAGGGCCACCUGGAGGUGACGCAGUACCUGGUGCAGGAGUGCGGCGCGGACCCGCACCUGAGCGCCCACGACGGCAUGACCCCGCUGCACGCCGCGGCGCAGAUGGGCCACAGCCCGGUCAUCGUGUGGCUGGUGAGCUGCACCGACGUAAGCCUGUCGGAGCAGGACAAGGACGGCGCCACGGCCAUGCAUUUCGCGGCGAGCCGCGGUCACGCCAAAGUGCUCAGCUGGCUCCUGCUGCACGGCGGCGAGAUCUCGGCCGACCUGUGGGGCGGGACCCCGCUGCAUGACGCCGCCGAGAACGGGGAGCUGGAGUGCUGCCAGAUCCUGGUAGUGAACGGCGCGGAGCUGGACGUCCGCGACCGCGACGGGUACACGGCCGCCGACCUCGCGGACUACAACGGCCACAGCCACUGCACCCGCUACCUGCGCACCGUGGAGAACCUGAGCGUGGAGCACCGUGUGCUGUCACGGGAUCCAUCCGCUGACCUGGAGACCAAGCAGCCUGACUCGGGCAUGUCCUCACCCAACACCACCACGUCGGUCCAGCCACCAAACUUUGACCUCAGCUCGCCGGCCAGCACCCUGUCCAACUACGGGUCCUGCUCCUCCGGCCACUCCAGCAUCAAGGGCCGGCGCCCCCCACGUGGGCUUCCCAGCACGAGAGCUGCAGACAUACAGAGCUACAUGGACAUGCUGAGCCCAGAGCCGGGCCUGCCCCGGAGCAGGAUGGAGAGACCCAAAGCACCACCGCCACCACCCAGCUUCCCUCCACCAUUCUCACCCCCAGGCACCCAGAUGCCCCCACCCCCGCCAGGCUACCCAGCUCCCAAGCCCCCCGCGGGGCUACAAGCAGCUGACAUCUACACGCAGACGAAGAACAAACUCCGCCAUGUGGAGACCGAGGCCUUCAAGAAGGAGCUGAGCUCCCGCGACGGCCGCAACGGGCUGCGGAGGCAGGACUCCAGCCGCAAGCCCCGCGCCUUCAGCAAGCAGCCCAGCACGGGGGACUACUACCGCCAGCUGGGCCGCUACCCCGGGGAGCCGCUGGCCGCGCGCCCGGGCAUGGCGCACAGCGAGGAGGCGGCGCUGCUCCCCGGGAACCACGUGCACAACGGCUGCGGCGCGGACCCCAAGACGUCCAGGGAGCUGCCCCCGCCGCCCCCGCCGCCGCCGCCCCUGCCCGAGGCCCUGAGCUCGCCGCCGCCCGCUCCUCCUCUGCCCUUCGAGGGCUCUGGCCCUGGCUGCGGGCAGCGUCGCUCCUCCUCGUCUACUGGCAAAGUGAGAGUGCUGAGACACAGGAAGAGCACCAAGUCUUUCAACAUGAUGUCCCCGACGGGCGACAACUCAGAGCUACUGGCUGAGAUCAAGGCGGGCAAGAGUCUGAAGCCGACGCCGCAGAGCAAGGGGCUGACCACGGUGUUCUCGGGCAGUGGGCAGCCGGCCUCCCAGCCCGACUCGCCGCUGCCGCCGGCCUCGCCGGCACCGUCACGGGCCCGGAGCCCCACCCCGCCGGCCGCGGGGUCCCAGCCACUGCUCAACGGCAGCGUGGCGCCGGCGCCGCCUGCCACCCCUGCGCCGGGCGUGCAGCUCGACGUGGAGGCGCUCAUCCCCACGCACGACGAGCAGGGCCGGCCCAUCCCCGAGUGGAAGCGCCAGGUCAUGGUGCGCAAGCUGCAGCUGAAGAUGCAGGAGGAGGAGGAACAGAGGCGGAAGGAGAAGGAGGAGGAGGCCUGGCUGGCCAGCAUGCCCGCCUGGAGGCGGGACAUCCUGCGGAAGAAGCUGGAAGAGGAGAGGGAGCAGAAGCGGAAAGAGGAGGAACGACAGAAGCAGGAGGAGAUGCAGCGGGAGAAAGAGCAGUCGGAGAAGCUGCGGACGCUCGGCUACGACGAGAGCAAGCUGGCGCCCUGGCAGCGACAGAUCAUCCUGAAGAAGGGGGACAUCGCUAAGUACUAGACGCCGCCCUCUUGCUCGCAGCCUCGCGAGCUUGGGGCCGCCCCCAGACCCCGCCCCAGCCUGCCAGGCCCGGGCCGAAGGGCUGGGAGCCGCGCCGCCCUCCCCUCCCGCGCUGGAACCCCUCCUUGACCCCUACCCCGGGCACCCCCCUUCCCCCGCACCCGCAUCCCCAGCCCCGGGCGACGCUGGAGCGCGCCCGCCGCCGCAGUCGCCCAGAAAAAGUGCCCAAGCUGUUGACGCAAAAAGACGCUGCUUAUUUGCAUGCCUACUUACGUAUAUUUGCAUGUUCGUUGAAUGUCAAAGUGUGCAGAGCUCUCCCCAGCCCCGUGGGUGGUGACCUUGGUUUCCUGCGGGUCGCGCGCCCUGCUGCCGCCCCCUCCCCUGCACCCCGGAACCCGCGUCGCUGGCGCAUCCUGGGCGGAGGCAGGCCCCGCGCUCGGGGAAGGGGUUUUCCUCUCUCCCUGACCCAGAUCAGCGCCCGGCCUAGCCCCGGCCGCAUUUCCCAUCCCCGCCGAGGGUUUCCUCUCAGUCAUUUGUUUACCAGAAACGAUGAAAACUGCAAACUGCCCGUCGGGACAGCGUUGCUGCUCCCGGCGCCCCACCUCCAAGUCUGCGCGCCGUCCCCAGCCAGGCCCCGCACUCCCCGGACGCUUUCACGGUCCUGGUGGAGUGAGUGGAGGACGAGGGAUCCUGAAGCUGUGUCUCCAACUGCUGCCUCCCCGGUCCCUGCCAUCUCGCACCCGCAUUAAAGCUCUCUCAGCCGCCCGGGGCUUAUGCUCACUCUAACUCGUCGUCACCGCGACUUCCUCUCCUCGGGGUAACUGGGCCACGGCGGAGCUGGAGGGGCAGGCUUGGGCUAAGGGCCACACUGGCCUCCGCCGUGGGUGGCAAGACUUCUGGCCCUUUCGACGCCCCUGGGAAAACCAAGCCU